AGUCGAUACUUAAAGCAAUAAAAACACAAAUCUUCUAUACAACAAUAGAAGAAAUAUAAGGUUACACAUUAAGAGAAUAUGGGAACAUCAAUUGAGCCGAGGAAUUUGCCUCGACUCAUGUAUACAAUAGCAUUUUGCAUGAUUGCUAUUAGUACUUUUGCUACCGCUGAUGAUAAGCCUUACUAUGGAGGCCAACAACCAUACUACAACUAUCCACAACCAACAACGCCACCAUCUUACUAUUACAAACCACCGUCGUAUAAUAACUAUCAAUCUCCACCUCUAUAUGAAUACAAAUCCCCACCUCCAUAUGACCAUAAAUUCCCUCCAUAUAAUUACUAUAAAUCUCCACCACCAUCACCACCACCUCCAUUUGCCUACAAAUUCCCUCCAUACAAUUAUCAAUCUCCACCUCCAUAUGAACACAAAUUCCCUCCAUAUAACUAUAAAUCUCCACCACCAUAUGACCAUAAGUUCCCUCCAUAUAAUUACUAUAAACCUCCACCCCCGUCACCGCCACCUCCUUAUGAUUACAAAUUACCACCAUAUUACUACAAAUCUCCACCACCACCAUCUCCAUCACCACCACCUCCUUAUGUCUAUAAAUCACCACCACCUCCUCCAUAUGUGUACAAGUCACCACCUCCUCCACCUUAUGUUUACCCGUCUCCUCCUCCACCAUCACCGCCACCUCCAUAUGUAUACAAGUCACCCCCACCUCCUCCAUACGUGUACAAGUCACCACCUCCUCCACCUUACGUUUACCCGUCUCCUCCUCCACCAUCACCACCUCCUCCGUAUGUAUACAAGUCACCGCCACCUCCUCCAUAUGUGUACAAGUCACCCCCACCUCCUCCAUACGUGUACAAGUCACCACCUCCUCCACCUUAUGUUUACCCGUCUCCUCCUCCACCAUCACCACCUCCUCCAUAUGUGUACAAGUCACCCCCACCUCCUCCAUAUGUGUACAAGUCACCACCUCCUCCACCUUACGUUUACCCGUCUCCUCCUCCACCAUCACCACCUCCUCCAUACGUAUACAAAUCACCACCUCCUCCACCUUAUGUUUACCCAUCUCCUCCUCCACCAUCGCCUCCUCCUCCAUAUAUCUACAAAUCACCCCCACCUCCUCCAUAUGUGUAUAAGUCACCACCUCCUCCACCUUAUGUUUACCCAUCUCCUCCUCCACCAUCACCACCUCCUCCAUAUAUCUACAAGUCGCCACCUCCCCCACCAUAUGUGUACACCCCACCUCCAUAUGUCUACAAGUCUCCUCCUCCACCAUCUCCAUCACCACCCCCACCAUAUGUAUACAAGUCGCCACCUCCACCACCAUAUGUCUACAAGUCACCGCCACCUCCUCCAUAUGUUUACGAAUCACCUCCUCCUCCACAAUAUGUCUACAAAUCCCCUCCACCACCACCUUAUGUUUAUGAGUCACCUCCUCCACCCUCACCAUCACCACCUCCUCCAUACUACUACAAACCUAUACCCCCUCCAUAUGUUUAUGAGUCUCCACCAUAUAUCUAUAAAUCCCCACCACCCGCUCCCUAUGUUUAUAAAUCUCCUCCUUACGUUUACAAAUCCCCACCUACACCAUAUAAGCCCUACCAAUAUAGUUCACCUCCACCCCCUGUGUAUGUACAGAAAUACACAUUCUUAAAAAAGAUGGGAACCUCAUUUGGGUUGAGGCAUUUGCCUCAACUCAUCUAUAUUAGUCCAAGUCAUGGACAGCAGGCACCAUAUUAUUCCAAAUCACCUCCAUAUUACUACAAGUUCCCACCUCCGCCAUCUCUAUCACCUCCACCUCCCUAUGUCUGCAAAUACCCACCUUAUUACUACAUAUAUCCACCUCCACGAUCCCCAUCACCACCACCACCUUAUGUCUAUAAGUCUCCUCCACCACCAUCUCCCUCACCACCUCCUCCAUAUGUGUACAAGUCCCCACCACCUCCAUCUCUCUCUCCUCCGCCUCCACAUGUCUACAAAUCACCACCUCCUCCGUCUCCUUUCCCUCCCCCACCAUAUGUCUAUAAGAGUCCACCACCACCAUCUCCCUCACCUCCACCUCCAUAUGUCUACAAGUCACCACCUCCUCCAUCUCCUUCACCUCCCCCACCAUAUGUCUACAAGAGUCCUCCUCUACCUUCUCCAUCACCACCACCUCCAUAUGUCUACAAGUCUCCUCCUCCACCAUCACCCCCAACUCCUCCACCAUCACCCCCAACUCCCCCACCCUCACCCUCUGUUUACAAAUCACCACCACCUCCAUCCCCUUCCCCUCCUUCACCUUAUGUCUACAAGUCCCCACCACCACCGUCACACUCACCCCCUCCACCAUAUGUAUAUAAGUCUCUUCCUCCACCAUCACCCUCUCCUCCCCCACCGUAUGUUUAUGAGCCACCGCCACCGCCACCUCCAUCCCCUACCCCUCCUCCAUAUGUCUAUAAGGCACCACCUCCUCCAUCUCCAUCCCCACCACCUCCAUAUGUUUACAAAUCUCCACCCCCACCAUCCCCUCCACCAUAUCUAUAUAAGUCACCACCUCCUCCAUCUCCCUCUCCUCCCCCACCAUAUGUAUACAAGUCACCACCUCCACCAUCUACUUCACCACCAUCCCCUUCACCACCCCCUCCAUAUGUCUAUAUGUCCCCUCCUCCUCAUUCUCCUUCAUCACCUCCUCCAUAUGUCUAUAAUUCUCCACCUCCUUCACCCCCUCCUCCAUAUGUUUAUGAAUCUCCACCCCCACCAUCUCCUUCACCUCCCCCAUCCUAUGUCUAUAAGUCACAUCCACCUCCUUCACCACCUCCUCCUGACUACUACAAAUCUCCACCUCCACCUUCUCCAUCACCUCCUCCACCAUAUGUCUAUAAGUCACCGCCACCUCCUACCCCUUCACCACCGCCUCCUUGUAUUUAG